GAAAACAAAGUCAGUAACGGAAGAUAUCUCUGUCGUGCUUGCAACGGGAAGCUGGUUGAUGAAAAGACUCGAGAAAUGAAGGAAUUUCUUGAUAAAGCUCCUAAUGCCUCUGAAGGUCUUGCCAUGGAUGGUCCAAGUGCUGGGUUGCCACUGCCAACAUCAGAACUAGUUGGAGAAGAAGCUGUCAGAAAUGAGAUUUGGGCAUGUUUGAUGCAGGAGGAGGUGAGCAAGAUUGGGGUUUGGGGGAUGGGCGGUGUGGGUAAAACCACUAUCAUGAAGCACAUCCACAAUGAUCUUUUGAAACAACGAAGAUUCGAAAGGGUAAUCUGGGUUACCAUAUCAAAGGAGUUCAAUGUAAUGAAGGUACAAGAUAAUAUUGCAAGUGCGUUGGAGGCGAAGGCAUAUUUAGACAAAGAAGAAGAAGACAAGCUCAGACGAGCAGCAAUCUUGUCAGAAAUGCUGAAGAACGCAGGAAAGCAUGUUCUAAUCCUAGAUGAUGUGUGGGAUAAAGUCUCUCUAGAGGAAGUUGGGAUCCCCGAGCUGAGUGGCAGCAAUGGCUGCAAGUUGGCGUUGACAACCCGUUCGGAGCAUGUCUGUAAGUAUAUGGGUUGUAAGGUGAUAAAAGUGAAGCCCCUUUCAGAAGAAGAGGCAUUGAUACUAUUCUUGAAUAAAGUUGGACCUAACAUAGUUCAAAGUCCAACUAUAAUGCCUACUUUGAAGCUUGUUGUCAAGGAAUGUGCGGGUCUACCUCUUACAAUUGUCGUGGUAGCUGGUACCAUGAAAGGAGAAGAUAACCCUCUUAUUUGGAAAAAUGCACUCGGGGAAUUAAAAGAGAGAAUAGGGAAAGUUGAAGGAGUGGAAGCUGAGGUAAUCGAGCGCUUGAAAUUUAGCUUCGAUCACUUAAAGGACGAGAAAGUGAAAUAUUGUUUCUUACAUUGCGCAUUAUAUCCCGAAGAUUUUAAAAUUGAAAAGGAUGAACUAAUUGAGUGCUGGAUUGAGGAGGGAUUCAUAGAUGAUAUGGGUACAAGACAAGAAAUGAAAGAAAAGGGCCAUGUUAUUUUGAAGAAGUUGGAAGAUAAUUGCUUGUUGGAAAAUAUUACCACUAAAUUUGGUUUACAUCGUAUAAAGAUGCAUGAUGCAGUGAGAGAUAUGGCAUUGUCGAUCACAAGAAUGAAUCCUCGAUAUAUGAUACAAGCAGGUUUGCAAUUAGAGGAGUUACCAAAAGAGGAGCAAUGGAGUCCAGAUAUUGAGAAAGUGUCGCUUAUGUUUAACUCCAUACCAGAAAUUUCCAUAGAUGUGCUACCCACAAAAUGCCAACUGCUCACAACCUUGUUAUUGCAGGAUAACCCUAUAAAGAAGAUCCCAUAUUCUUUCUUCACAAACAUGCCUUGUCUUAGUGUUCUCAAUUUGUCCUCUACGAAGAUCAAAAGUUUACCAAAUUCCAUCUCUGAACUAAAGAACCUCACAACAUUGUUGCUUGGUGGCUGUUUUGAUCUAAGAGGUCUGCCAUGUCUUUCUACGCUUCAAGAAUUAAAGAAGUUGGAUCUUUGCGGGACUAAAAUUGAGGAAGUCCCUGAAGGAAUGGAUAUGCUGAUAAAGCUAAGAUAUCUUGAUCUUAGAGUGCGCACUCUGAAAGAGAUACCCGCUGGACUUUUACCAAAACUCGUUCACCUUCAGCACUUGGGUUUUCAUGAGAGCAAUGAAAAAACAAGUCUAAAAGCAGAGGAGAUGGAACCAUUGAAGAAGUUGGAGUGCUUUACCGGACGUUUCGAAGACAUCGGUGAAUUGAAUAAGUUCAUCUCCUCAAUGCAGCAAAGUAAGAAAAAUCUCAUCAAGUACCAUUUACAGGUGAGCUCAGAUGAUAUGGGUCGUGGAAGGGAGAAAACAGUAACAAUUGGAGGAGUCCAGAAUUGGGAAGGGAUAGAGUGUGUUGUUUCCUUGUUCUCUUUUGCCUCUUCUUCCGCUCAUCCAUUUCAGAGCCUCGAGGUGUUGGAUCUUCAAAUUCUGCCAAAGUUGAGUGCCCUUAUUAUGAAAGAUGCAGGAAUUGGUUCAGCAACAACAUCAACAGUGGCUCCGUCUGCCACCUUUUCCCAUCUCAAGGAAAUUAUGAUAGCGAACUGCUCAAGUAUGAAGACGUUGCUUCCACCUUGGUUGCUUCCAAACCUCCAAAACCUGGAAGAAAUAUUUGUGGGUGGUUGUAGUCAGCUAGUAGAAAUAUUGGGAGCAGCAACAUCAGAAGUUGAAGAAAAAGGGAGUGAUGCAUUAAUCAAAUUCCAUCUUCCCAAAUUGAGAAAGCUGGUAUUGUGGAGAUUACCAAAUUUGAAGAGCAUAUGCAGCAAAUGUGGAGUGAUGGUUUGUGAUUCUCUCGAGCUUAUCAGUGUUGAUAAGUGUGAUAAACUGAAGAGAAUUCCUCCAUUUGUUCCCUUUGUUGGCAAUGGGCAGCCAUUUGCAUAUGCUCCAUCUUCUCUUACCAUCAAGUCAAGGAAAGAAUGGUGGGAAUCGUUGGAGUGGGAUGACCAUCCAAACUUUAAAAAUGUUCUUCGCUUCAACCCCCGUGGAGGAUAA